UCACAAUUAUUUACUAUUCAGACAUUCAGUAUUCAACACGGGCAUAUAAUUAGAAUAUUUCAUGUUUAUAUUAUAUUAUAUAUUUUAUGUGUCUGUUCUAUCCACCAACUUGUUGACAUACAUUUUUACUUUGUCAUAAUUUAAAAUUGUAACAUUAAUUGUGUAAUUAAAUGUAUUUGAAAUUGUUUUUCUACCUCUAAGAACACUUCAAGUUUCUUUAAAUUCCAAUGUAGGUAAAUUAUUAAACUAAAAUAGUUCUAAUAAAACUUGUCAAAAUGCCUGCGUAUUCCUUAAUUGAGCUUAAGUUAAGACGAUACUUUUACUUGGGACAUGAAUACUGUAUAUAUGUACCUCCUGCGAUUCGAACUUCAUUUUGGGUUCCAAAGCAUCAUGAUGACGUUACUGGUGUACGGAUAAUUGGAAAAAUUGUUAAAAAAAAUAAAACUGAAGAGAUUAAUUCUAUAGUGCCAAUAAUUUUAAAGAUUAAAAAAGAAGAUAAACUUCUUGAUGAUCGUCUUUUAAUUUUUGCAUUGGCUGUAUGUGCUAAAUUUAAUUUGGAACCAUGCAAAAAAAUGGUUACUGAUGCUUAUGCAGCAGUAUCAACAAUAUGUACAGAUGGAUUAAAACUAUUGAUGUUUGUUAGAUUCUGCACAAAAGCUAAUAAUAUUCUUUUUGAUCAGGGUUUUAUAACCAGUACGUCUAAUAGUCAUGGUCGCGGUUUUUGCAAAGCUAUGACUAAGUGGUAUUUAAAUAGAGAUCCAUUACUAACUACAGAACAUAUUGUAAGGAAUAAACGUUAUGAUGGAUGGAGUCAUAAAGAUGUGAUGAAACUAAUUCAUCUUCAUUCUGACGAACCAUGCCGUAUCAUGUACAUUAUUUACACUUUGAAUGGUAUUGAAAAAGUUGAAAAAUUAUUUGGAUCUCAAAUGAAAGAUGUCAAUGUUGAAGAUAGUGAUGAAACAUUUGAAAAUAAGCAAAUGAAAUUUAUUUACAACUUUUUAUAUCAAGUAGAAGGUAUAAAAGAAAUGGAUGAUUGUUCAUUACGGUAUGAAAUUCAAUUAAAUAGAUGGGGUCAUGAACCUGAAGUUAUACCACGAGAAAUGCUAAGAAAUCCAACUAUUAUAACUUCACUUGUUAUGAAUUUGCCAUUGAAGACCAUUUUGGAUAACACAUUAUUUUUUGCUAAAAACAGAUUAUUUUCCAAUAAGUCAUCUUCAGUAGGGCUUUGGGAAUAUAUUUUACGCUUCAACAAUACAACUUUAUUAAAAAAAUCACAAAUACAUCCAAUUGAACCAUAUUUACAAUAUGUUAAAUAUACUAGAACAGCCAUAAAUAUCUUAAAAUUGCAAAAUAAUAUUAUGAAAAAAGAACAAAACCCUGAAACUGAAAUAAUUGAUAAAAAGUUAAAAGUAUCAAUAGAGUUAGGAAAAAAAACAGACAAAAAAGAAGUAAUUAUCCAACCAACUGUAGAAAAUGAUGAUGAGUUAUUUAGUGAAGAAACACUAACUCAAAAUCAGAAUAAUCAAAAAUAUGAUUCAGCUUCAAGUUCUAAAAAUACAAAUAAUCAUAAAUCUGCAAUUAAUUUAAAAAAUAUAAAAAAUGUUAAAGUUCAAUUAAAACAUGAUCAAAAAUCAUUAACUGAAACUCCUGGAACAUCAUAUGAAGUAAAUCAGAAAGAACAAGUCCAAUUAGCUGACACUAUCCAUCAAUUAUCAACUUUAGAUAUCAACAGUCAACAAAUUAAUCCUGGAUCAACAGAAGAAACAAUAGAGGAUGUGAUUCAGUCACAAGAUAAUGAAGUCAACCAAAAUCAAAAGAAUGUUAUGUUCUUAAUAAAACCUCUUCCAAAAAUAGUAGACAAGUUAUCAACAUUUCUAUCUGAAGAUCUUUUAAAAAAAACUUGCGAACUCUUAGAUCCUUUAGGUCUUCAUAUAAUGAUAGUAUAUGACAGUCGAUUAUGUAUGAAGGAAAAAAUGUGUACAUAUUCACGAAUGCUCUAUGUACAUGAAGCUAUUACAUUAAUUACACUUUCAUUAAUUUAUCCAGAAAAAUUAGAAAAUAAACCAAGUAUUUUUGGUUUAAAUUCAACUUCAGCUACAUCUAAGGAGAUUGAAAUUGAUUAUAACCAACCUUUGACUUAUGCCUAUUUAGAAUCCAUAUUGUUUAAGACACCUGAUGAUGGUUCAGAUUCAGUAGAUACUGAUAAAAAAGUUAUCCCUCAAGUUUAUCCUCAACUUACAUUUAAGUGGGCUAAACAAAAUAAUAAAAAAUUUGAUAUAUUUGUGUUUAUGGGAACUAACAAAAUGAAUUUGAGACUUUUUAAAAAGAAUAUAAAAGGAUAUCAAACACAUUUUAAUAACCCAGUAAAAGUUAUAAUAUUAUGUCUAAAUGGAAAGCAUCAUGAACAAAUAAAUCUCGGUCGAGGAAAUACAUUAUUUAUUAUUGGCUUUGAUAAAAAUGUCGGUAAACUAAUUAACUCCUUUAUAAAGGGAGAUUUCUAAAACUGCUACUUUUAAAAAUUAAAAUACAUUGUUGUUUUAAGAUUUAAAUGUUUUUGAUAAGUAUCUUUUCAUAUUAACUUCUUAUAUUUAUUUUAUAUUUUUUUUUUUAUUUUGUUACUUAUUACUUGUUAUAUAAUGUAAGAAUACAUACUACUAAAAACACUAGAUUAAAUAUAUAUUUCUAUAUUUAUCUAAUCUUAUUUUAUAAAAUUACUAAUAAAAAAAAAAUAAUGAAUAUUUUAUAUGUACCUAACAUGAGCUUUGAAUUUACAUCAACGUUUUUAAAAUAGAUA